AUAUAACAUAUAAAAAAUAUGUUGCAAAGUAUAGAAGAUUGUAUUUUAAGUCAUAUUUCUUUUAUUUCUUUGCUCGAUUAUCAAUCUUGUUAAAGAUAGCCAAAAAUGAUUAGCUGUGAAAAAUCUUCAUGUGACCCUGUGUAUCGACCUUGUUCACGAUGGAAACACACGCAUGUCGUUUACGGUUUGAAAACCGUCGUCGUCCGGAGAUUAGAGUGCCUCCGGUGCCAUGUGGGGAAACGACGAAACUUCCCCCAAUCUGUAGGAGGUAACGACUCCCGCGUGUGCGCAUGAGAGUCGCGAUGCGUCUCGAUUACGAGAGAGAAUACAAGGGGAAGACAAGAAAAAUGCGAGUCGCUGAUAGCCUACGUUUUUCAUAGCCCAAAUGCCGGAAAGUUCUUGAGAUCUCAUUAUACUGUAGAUUCAACUCUCCGCAACUACGCGGCGAGCUUCUUUUAAUUUUCCGUUGAAUUUUGAUCCUUGCAUUUGCCGCGUGCCACACACUUAAAAGACUUUCUUUUUUAAUUUUUUCCAAUCAUAUAUGAAUAGUUGAUGAACUUAUAAUGUGUAUUACAAAAAGAGUUCAUCCAAUUUUAUUUUAAUAAAAUAAAAUAUUUUAUUUAAAAUUUUAUUCCAAUUUUAUUACAAUAUAUAUAAAAGUAUGACGCAACAGAUUAUUUUCAAUCCUAAUAGGAUAUAAACUUGAUGUCUGAAUCUGUUAGAAUCUAAUUAUACAAAAGUCAAUUUUUAUAUGUAAAUCAUUGUUUUUCUUUUCAAUUAUUAAGGAGAAUAUUUAUUUUUAUUCCACUUUUAUAGUCAAGUUAACGCAAGUAAUGAUCUCAUUAAAAGAAUAUUCACGUAUCAAUUGUAGCCACUAUUCUGAUUUAUAACACUGGCUAUAUAAUUGUUUCUGUGAUCUUUUUUCAUAAACGCAGAAGUCAGAAAGAUAGAAAAUAGAAAUAGAUUAGUUCCCAUUAUUACUCCACUUGACAAAUAUGGAUUCGGCAUUCACCCUCACAUCACAAUUUUCCCGGGGGAGGAAGCGAGGGGGAAUCGACGUAAAAAAUGCGUUCUCGGAACAUGCGGAAUUGCGUGCCACGGGACUUUCGUAAGCUCGGCAUACACCGACACUUUCCUUCCCGGUACCCAGUAUAGUCGGCACCCUCCGUCGAUUCGAGGACGUUUUCAAUUAAGGGACAAUCAUCCCUCGACGAGCAAUCCAAGUUCUAUCGGAUCAGCCCGUCCCCCGACGAGACGUGGCUAGAUCUGUCCUUUCCUUUCUUCCCCCAACCUUCUUAUACGAACAACGAUAGGAAUAACUUCCGCUACACCCUCAGCAAUGGUCCCCGAAUGUACGACGCUGCAAAUGCGUGCGAGAGGUGUAAUAGCGCCACCCUAUAUUUCGAAUAACAUUGAAUUAAUGUUCUCAUAGUGAUUGGUUCCCAUAUGUUUCUUCAUAAUUUUUCAACAAGGAUAAAAACAUUUUAUUGUAUAUUAUAUGUUAUUUUUAUGAAAAUCUUUCUUGCAUCAAUUACCUAAAAUAAAAAAGAUGAAAUUUUCUUCAUAGUUGUGAAUUAAUGCUAAGUAUUAUUAUAAAUUUUUUUAUCAAUGGUUAUUGAUUUGCGAAAAAUUUUAAAUAAUAGAAAAAUGUGCACAUUAUUGCAAUCUUGGUGAAAAAUUGAUUGAAAGAGAAUUAUUAAUAUUGAAAGUUCAAAAAUAUAGGGUAGUGCGGCUAGGACAGGUUACUGAUAUACGUAUACGCGUGUAUUAAGAUUUCGAUUUGUGUAUAUAGAUAUAAUACUUUGUGAGACACGCGCAUGUAACAAGCGCAAAAACCGCGGGGCAACGUAAAAAUAGAAAUGUCGAGAAUCAUCAACUGAUAUUUUAUUCUCGUAUGCUAAAUUCGAGGGAGUGACAUCAAAUUGGAUUAUUCAGCGCGAAUAGUUGAAAUGGAAUCGAAACAUUGAACUGUUCUUAUAUUAAUGUAAAAUUUCGAUAAUGCGCGCGCUUGUAAUGCGAGGAAAAUUAGAGUAAUGCGAGGUAGACGAUCUCAUUUUGCCGGAAUAACGGAAUAUUGCAAUUGUAUUAUGUUAAUUUUUUAACAGUAUUACAAAGCAAAAAAAAAAUUUAAAUCGAAGAGAAGAGAUACAAUAUCUGGAAGUGUAAUAUGUCGAAGUAAGAGAGAAAGAGAAUAAUAUAUUUAUUCUUCUAUAUAUCAUAGUUUUUCGAUAUAUAACAUUAAUAUGAUUAUACAAUAUUUUUAACAAUGUUUUUUUCAUGACUUUACACUUUAUAACUUUUACUGGAAACUGUUAAAAUAUCCUUAAGCAACUCCAAAAUAUAUUUUUAUUUUUUUUUAUAUAAAUGUUACAAACUCGAUAAUUAUUGACUUUACUUCUUUUGAGUGCAUAUAUAAUUUCGAGAUGUUUCCAUCAUUUCUGUGUAUCUUCUUAGUUUCGUAUCUAAUCGUUUCAUAAUGAUAUGAGGAGAUAAAUCGGAUCGCCUAAUUUUCGGGCUGGAUAAUCCGCUACGAGCUCGUCAAGAAGUUUCGCCAUUGGCGCGAUACGACAGGAGGAAACUGGAUACAUGAUCACUUUGGAUUUGCAUACUCUCUCAUAGUCUAAACCUCAUUUGCUUAGGCGAAUUGUCGAAUUAAAGCAGCGACGAUCGAUCGUCGUGCAAAGCAAGCGAUUCUACUAGCGAUUUACUGUACUGAAACUGAAUCUAGGUCAGAUGAGCAAUCGGAAAGUCUAUUUACUGAAUACAGUAUACUCAUGGUAAUGUCGAAGCAGCAUCAAUAAUGGAAUAAGCAAAAAUCGGCCGCUAAUAAAUAUAACAGAUGUAGUAAGAAUCCGCUUAAAGGUAUUUGUCGAUUAUAAUGAAUAAUACAAAAUUAUGUCCACUCUUUCAUUAAAGAUAUAAGAUUUAAGAUAUAAGUGCAAUUGAACAAUCAAUAGUCUUUAAUAAUUUUUAUUCCAUUCUUAAAAGAGAGGGAAAUUAUUAAUGCCAUCCGGCAUUAUUAUUAUUACGGAACAAAAUUUAUGAAUUUAUUAAACAUUAUCGCGAUUCGUAUAGGAAACUUAAAGUACUGGAAAUACAUGUCGCACAUCAAUUUCUAUCGAAUACGAAUACUCACUGAAUCGGCCUUUUCAUGGGCGCGAGCGCGAAGCUAGCACGUCGCUGCCAUUUACGAUCGCACAAUUUUCCGCCACCUCGGCUACCGCUGUUUCUCUUCGGCUUUAAUCGCUUGCUCGACAUCGUCGUCACCUGACAAUACGAAUUGAUGAUCGAACGUAAAAUUGAUCGUUCACAUCGCGUGCCGAAAGCGCCGCUCAGCAGCGAAGUCCAUUAACAUCUCACAUUAUGUGUCGCGAAUCGUGCCGCGAACGCCUCUAAAUCGACUAUCGUAAUUUCGUGAUUACAUACCGGACAAUCAUUUACAGACUUUCGUUGCUCGGAUGAAGUUUGCGAAGUAAGAAAAAAAAAGUGUGUUCUCUAUCAUCUUUUUGCGCAUUCUUCUUUCAAAGAAUAUUCGCGCUAUUUCCUUUAUGACUUUUAUUUUUAUUUUAAUUAUUUAGUUUAAAUUGAAUAGAUUAAAUUGAACCUCGUGGAAAUAUUAGAAUCAUAAAUAUUUGAAUCAUAAUAAUUCUUUUUGUAACACACUUUGUGUCUGCCUGCGGCUUCGACAUUAAGUAAAUAGAUUGCGAUGUUUGCGCAAUGCCAGACAAAUGCAAUCGUUUAUGCAAAUCCGCGUCAUCAUGAUCCAAUUAUGGCGAAAUGUUUAUUGGGUGAAAAAUAAUAUUGUACGUAACGAGGAACGAAUAUUGGCUAUGAGAUCGGCGAAAAAUACGAUUUAGUAGUUUUGUCGAAUGAAUGGCAAAAGCAAUACUCAGUACGUGAAUGCGUGCAUGAUAUUACCAUAGUGUAUGUAAACCGUGAGGAAAGAAAAGAAUAAGUGUGUAAGCUACCUGUGCCUUGUAAUAAACCAUAUAUAUAUGUAUGUAUAUAUGCAACACAUGAGAAAAAGGAACGUAAAUACACAUUAUAUAUAUAUAUAUAUAUAUAUAUAUAUAUAUAUAUAUACAUAUACAUAUAGAGAAAGAGAGAGAGAGAGAGAGAGAGAGAGAGAUAAAAUGCGUGAUACACUGACACACGCAUAAAAACAUAAACGAAUGAGAUACUCUUACGAUAAUCUAUUUAAACAAUCGUUGCCGUCUCUUCUGAAACAGAAACCCCCUCUCAGAAUUUCAUUGCAGCGCCCGCAGAGAGAAAUAACGGAACAAAUGACGAGGAAGUAGAAACAAAUGAAAGAGAUAUGUUGUUGAAUAAAAUAGCAAUAAUCGAAUUUUCAGACUGAAUUAUGAUUGAAUAUUAUACCGCAGGUCUUUGUUGUCGCGGCGGCGACGCGCGAGUGUGUUAAUUAUUAUAAAUACUGUUACACAGUGUCUUGCUACAACCGGGGAGAUGAAAAUAAAAUCUCGAAGCUCGAAAUCUUUGGAGAUUUUAUUUGCGCCUAUAAAGAUUCAAUCCUGAACGUAAUAACAAAUUUUUUUAGCAAUUUAUUAUUAAUAUAAUUAUGAUAUUUUUAAUGUGAAUUAAUUAUUAUCAGACAACAGCUUCUUGGAUAGAAAAUAAAUAGACAAAACUGGAGGCAAUCGUCGAAUUUGACAUUUCCUCGACUUCGUAGAAUGAAGCGUAUCCCACGAACGAUACUUUUUUUUCGCUCGUGCUCGGCCGGAUUUAUCGCCGGCCGUUGUUGCGUAGCGAGCGGCCAAUUGGCGAAGAACGAUGCCCCUUUUUGAUUUAAGGUUUCUCUUUCUUUACGAUCGCGCAGUCGACUGUCUCGCACGACUAACAGCAACGCGCGCGGACACAUAAAUUCUUUCUGCCGGUGCUGGCUGGCAUGUGGCAAGAUCGAGAUUCGGCGUGCGGGUUUCCGCCGUUAUUUACUGCCAUUCGCACGGACCGGAGGGGUAGAAGGUGGAGGCUGUUUUUGAUGAGUGUCGCGGGAUAAGUGCUUUUUCUUUCUUCUCGAGAUCGUUUUGUAAUUUAAUGAAAAUAAAAAAAAAAAAUACGGCGAGUCUUUCUCUCGUUUUUCCGACGAAGAAAAAUAUACGCGGUCUCCGUCAUAUCAGCGAGACAUCACUACAUCGAGGAAGAAACAGGCAGCUAAAGUACAAUAUGGCCUUGCUAUGUUACGCAUGGAUUUUGAUAUUACUAGCUUUAACAUAUGUUCAGGGAGCUCUUAAAGUAUCAACGCAAGAUUUGAGAGUACUUCUCAAACAACAAGAGAAAUUUAACUUUUCCUUGACGGAACCUUUAUCUAAUGACAGCACUGCAAUAGUUACAAUAGUUGUACAGCAUCCUGAUUUGAUAUCUACAGAACCAUCUAACUUUACUAUUACAUCAGAGAGAAAAAUAGAAUGGAUUAUUCAUGUAAAAGGUUUGAAUGCAGGUCAUUCAAUUGUUAGCGCUAAUAUAACUCCCAGUAAUAUUACAGAUGUCUCUCAAGCAUUUAUUAGAGUGACUAUAGAGAAAUCAGAUGUGCUGUAUCACAUCAGUGCUGUGGUUGGAUGGAUAUACUUUUUAGCAUGGAGUGUAAGCUUUUAUCCGCAAAUCUACAUUAAUUAUAAACGUAAAAGUGUUGUGGGUCUUAAUUUCGAUUACCUCUCACUAAAUGUUGUCGGUUUUCUUAUGUAUGCAUUAUUUAAUUGUGGCCUUUACUGGAUACCUGAGAUUGAGAAUGAAUAUUUUAAUCGAUAUCCAAAAGGUUUGAAUCCUGUACAAAUCAAUGAUAUAUUUUUUUCUAUACACGCAGUAUUUGCUACUGUCGUAACUAUCGGACAGUGUUUUAUUUAUGAGAUUGGUAAUCAAAGAGUAUCAACGACCGCACGUAUUAUUCACGGAAUAUUUGCGGCUUUUAUAUUAAUAUCUUUAAUAUUAUCUUUUGUCGACACAAUCCAUUGGCUGGAUUUUCUCUACUACUGUAGUUAUGUUAAACUUAGCAUAACGCUUAUUAAAUAUGUACCACAAGCGUAUUACAAUUAUAGAAGAAAGUCCACGGUCGGCUGGAGUAUAGGAAAUAUAUUCUUAGAUUUUACCGGUGGUACUCUAUCAAUGCUACAAAUGAUACUCAACGCUUAUAACUAUGAUGAUUGGGAAAGUAUUUUUGGAGAUCCGACAAAGUUCGGUCUAGGAUUCUUUUCUGUAGCAUUUGAUAUAUUUUUCAUAAUUCAGCAUUAUGUCCUAUACAGAUAUAAAGAUGAGAAGGUGAUUGACCUGAAGGGCAAAAUAUAAUGACUUCAUCGAGAAUUUAAUUUCUUUAAAAUCUGUCCUUGAUCCAUAUUUUAUAGAUGUGUGCGUGUUUUUAUAUUAUUUUGCAUAAAUUUGCAUGAGUAUUUCCUCAUUCAUCAUUAUCAUAUACAUCGGAUAUAGCUAAAAAAUUAAAGUACAACGGGUACGUAUGCACGUAUACGUGAUAUUGAAAGAUAUCCACAUUUUGAUACACUUUUUUUGUCUUAAUAUUUAUUCCAGAAACAUAUUUCGCGGAACGUGUUUCUUUUUUUUAAUUUUAUAUCUAGGCAAAAAAUAUUGUAUAGUAUAUAUUGUAUAUAUAUAUAUAUAUAUAUAUAUAUAUAUAUAUAUAUAUAUAUAUAUAUAUUUUACAUGAACGCGCGCUGGUUAUGUGAAAGAGACAAAGUCAUAGUAUACUUUUAUAAAGAUAUUAAUUUUUGUGACGUAUGUUAUAACAUUCCUCUUAGAUGUACAUAUAUAUUUAAACAUUCAAAUCAAAGCGUAUAUAUUUAAUUGAUAUUAUACCAACGGUAUUAUCGUAGAGAAAUAAUAAAAAAAAUGAUUUUUAAUUAACUCUAAUUUGAGUAAAUCUCCAAUUGGAAAGAUAAAAUGAAAUAUUUUCAUAGGAUCAUAAUUGAUAAUUUAAGCGCAA